GGGGCGAGGAGGGCUCCAGCCUCCUUCCUUCCCUGGCUCCGAGGAGGACCGUUGCUGCUCGGUCAGGGAGGAGGAGGAGGAGCGGGGGCGGCGCGAGGGAGGGAGGCGAGCAAACGGAUUCCCUGCCGCCGGCCCCCGGCCUGAAGGAGAAUGUCUUUAUUUAAAGCCCGUGAGUGGUGGUCUACAGUAGUUGGCAACGAUGAGGAAUUUGAUCAAGGAUGCUUAUGUGUUGCUAAUGUUGACAACAGUAGCACUGAACAAGAUAAAAUUAUUGUGGGCAGUUAUAUGGGGUUUCUUAGAAUCUAUAAUCCCCAUCCCAUAAAACCAGGAGAUGCUAUGCAACCUGAAGAUUUGCUGUUGGAAGUGCAAUUACGUGAGCCAAUACUGCAGGUGGAAGUAGGAAAAUUUGUUUCUGGUACAGAACUGCUUCAUUUAGCUGUAUUACAUUGCAAAAAACUGUGUGUAUAUGCUGUCUCAGGAAACUUGGGAAAUAUUGAACAUGGCAACCAAUAUCAGCUAAAACGUAUGUAUGAGCACACUCUUCAGCGAACAGCCUUCAACAUGACUUAUGGGCCAUUUGGAGGUACAAGAGGCCGUGAUUUAAUCUGUAUACAGUCUGUGGAUGGCAUGCUUAUGCUGUUUGAACAAGAAAGCUAUUCAUUUGGACGUUUUUUACCUGGCUUUCUUCUGCCAGGUCCAUUGACAUACAGUUCUCGGACAGAUUCCUUCAUUACUGUUUCUUCCUGUCGGCAAGUUGAGAGCAUUAAGUAUGAAGUACUUGCAUUUGCAAAAGAUGCUGAAACACAAGAAACUGAGCAACAAAAACUUGGCUCUGGAAAAAGACUUGUGGUGGACUGGGUUUUAAAUAUUGGGGAGCAAGCUCUGGAUAUAUGCGUCAUUUCAGUCAGUCAACUUAUUUCCAGUGUAUUUGUGCUUGGAGAGAGAAACUUCUUUUGCCUCAAGGAUAAUGGACAAAUUAGGUUCAUAAAAAAGCUUGACCGCAGCCCAAGUUGCUUUCUUCCAUAUUCAGUGUCUGGGAAUAUUGUAAACACACUGAUUGGAAACUACAACAGCAUCCUUCACAUUUAUCAAGAUGUGACUCUAAAGUGGGCUACUCAGCUUCCUCAUAUUCCUGUUGCAGUAAGAGUGGGUAAAUUAUUAAAUUUGAGAGGUGUGAUAGUCACACUGAGUGAUAGUGGCAAUCUACAAUGCUCCUACCUUGGUACAGAUCCUUCUUUAUUUCAAGCGCCUAAAGUUGAAGCUAGAGAGAUAAAUUAUGAAGAAUAUGAUGCAGAAAUGAAUAAACUUCAGAAAAUCAUUAGAGAAGCCAGAAAAACCAAAGACAUUGUGCCUAAAUCAGAAAAAAAUGAAGAUUUUUCACUUGGUGUGACCAUCUUGCCAGAUCUGGAUUCAGUGUCUCAAACUGUUGACAGUGAAGUAAAAUCAGAGGUGGUUCCUUCUAUAACUAUUAAGAUCACAGUGGAGAGCAGAGUGUUGAUGCGUACAAAAUUAUCAGUACAUGUACAACCACCUUUAGCACUGACCCAUGACAAAUUCAUCUUUGAAUUAGAACCAUGUGUAUCUAAAACAUUUAUACUCUCUGCCUUUCUAAAAAGGAACAGUCCACCAGCAGAUCUGGAAGGUAGUGCUCUAGCUUCAUAUAACACCCGAACAGAUAUCAGUCCAGAAGGUGCACCAAGAAUUGCCCAAUGCAGAUUUCGAUUACCAUUGCAGUUAGUUUGCUUUCCAGUUCAGCCUUCAAAAACAGCAAGCCAGAAGUUGACUAUUGACACCAAUAAACCUUCAGUCAGCCUUGCUGCCCUUUUUCCAGAGUUUGCUGAUCAAACAGAUGAAGAUCAACUAAAUGCUUUAGGAUUUCAGUUAUUAGCUGGGUCUAGAGUCACUUUACUUGCUUCAAAAACAUCUCAGCGUUAUAGAAUUCAAAGUGAACAGUUAGAAGACCUUUGGCUCAUUACAAAAGAACUCACACUUCGCCUUGAAGAACAUUUUAGGAAACAGAAUUGCAAAGAUUUUGCAUGUACUUUUUCUGGCCCAAUUCCAUUACAAGAAUAUUUUGAAAUAAUUGAUCACCAUUUUGAGCUGCGCCUGAAUGCUGCAAAAUAUGAGCAGCUAUUAUCUGAAAGAGCCGUACAGUUUAGAGCUAUUGAACGACGCCUGCUGGCACGGUUUAAAGAUAAAACACCAGCUCCUCUUCAACAUCUGGACACCUUGUUAGAAGGAACUUACAGACAGGUAAUAGCUCUAGCAGAUGCAGCUGAAGAAAACCAAGCCAGUAUGUUCCAGGCAUUCACAAAGUUAAAAAGUGCCACCCAGCUGGUAAUUCUCCUGAUUAGCCUGUGGCAGAAACUGACUGCUGACCAAAUUGCUAUUCUGGAAGCUGCAUUUUUGCCAUUAACUCAGGAUACUCAAGAGCUGGGUUGGGAAGAAAGUGUGGAUGCUGCUGUCUCACAUUUGUUAAAAACAUGUUUGUCCAAGAGUUCAAAAGACCAUGCCCUGACACUUUCCAAUCAGUUGUGUAUCCCCAAGGAUACUAAUAGGCUGAAGAAGCACAUAACCAUGCUCUAUGACAGAUUAGCCAAAGGUGGUCGUAUGUCUCUAAAUAUAGACCUUGACUCUCAACAAACUACAGUUCUGCCAGGUGGCUGUUCUACCAUACCAGAGUCUGACCUUGAAGAAAGACCAGCCUCACAAGACUCUCCAGGAAUGUUUACCAAUCACAGGCAUCUCAUGAAGCAGAAGACCAAACCUGAUUUGCCACAGUAUGAAUUACAGGAAGCAGAAAAGCCAUGAAAAGCACAAGAGAACUCUCAGGAGGAUUUUAAAAAGCUGUACAUUUACAAUUCAACAAGAACAAUUUAUUUUCUUCUGCAGCAGACAGAGUCAACCUCAAGAAGAAAGUCCACAAACAGUGCAAAAUGCUUCCAGUUGCAUCUAGGCCCCUGGCUUAUUACCUAGUAAUACUCAACAUGCUUUCUCAUAACCAAGUUCAGGGCCAGUUAUCAAAUGGAAGAAGUAAGCAGUCUUAUACAGUAGUAAUGUGCAGUUAUCAAUGUUCUGUAGAAAUUAUAAUGACUAAAAGACUUUUAUGAACCAAGGGAUGAACACACAGACUUUUGCAUGUGUAUAUCUUAUUUUUUCAGGAUUUACAAAUGUCAUCUUGUGUGAUAUUAUGCAAAUAUGGUGUCUUUAUAGUGAGGUAUGCAAGAAGGCUAGUACAAGGGCAACAAAACACAUUGCAAUCUCCAAAUUCUAUGUGUGUUGAUAUGUUCCAGGUUGCUUACGAUUUUGUUUUUGUUAAUUUAAAUCUAAUAUGGGGUUUGUUACACAGGACUGAAAUCCUUUUAUCUAAACAUGAAACUAUUUUAAUUACUAUUUGUUUGGCCUGAAACAUCUGGAUACAUAGAUUGAAAGGGAGUACUGUAUUUUAUUUUUGUUGGGUAAUUUGGUGGCACAUGUUUGCCAAGUAUGUGGGGUGGAACCGGGGUGGGCAAAUUGUGGCUUUCCAAAUAUUGAACUGCAUCUUCCAUCAGCACAGUGGUGAGGAAUUAUGGGGGUUGCAGUCCCAUCCAGAAAGUCAUACUUAGUCUAAAUUUUCAUACAUCGGUCCUAAAAUAUUAGAAUUUGGGGAUGAAAUUGCAGGGUUUUUUUUUAUAUAUAACCUUGACAUUUAGAAAUUGCAGCCCAAACAACUUUGGCUGUAAAGUUUUAUAAGCAAUAAUGCACACCAGAAGAAAGCAUGUGAAAGGACUAAUGAAGUCAAGAUGAAAAUAGUGUUAAUUCAGAAACGUGUACGACUGUCUGAAAAUAACUCAGGCCUGGUUCCAAUACUACAUGCUCCAAUUAAAACAUAUGCUUUUCUUUUUAUUUUGGUCUAGUUGUUGUACCACAUCAAAUUACAAAAUUGCCGCUUAUUUGGCAGUAUAUGCAAUGUGAAGUCUUAGCAAUCACUCCAGCUUUUUCUUGGACAUAUGUAAUUUUUUUAAAAACAGUCUCUCAGCUAUGUUGUGGCAAAUGGUCCAAAUCCCGUAGAUUGAAACUGUGCAUAGAGGCUAAUGGUGAUAGUUGUUAAUUGUGCAACCAGAAGUUUAGAAGUAUAAUAUUUUAUCAAACACCUAAAAAUGAGUUUUUCUGCUAAUAUUGCAUGCAUGUUUAUACCAUUGUGCAUGCAUGCACACCUGGUUCCCUCAGAAAUAUUUUAAUUUUACACUUUUUAUUGGAGUUGUGGUUCUCUAGAAAUUGUCAGAUUGCAGCUUGGACAAUUACUCAACAUUGGAUGUGCUGGCCAGGGCUGCUGGUGUUUUCAGUCUACCAUCAGGACAGGUGCAUGAUUCUCAUUCCUAGUUUACAGCCGUGAUAGAAAGCAACCACCUGCUUUUUAUCCUAUUUCUAAUCAGUAGUGAUUUACUUGUUGAGUGAAUGGAAAUAAAACUCCAUUCCUCCCAAUAUAUAACUU